GAGAGAGAGAGAGAAUGUGGCUAUAACUUUCCUUUCUCCUGAGGCUUCUCGCGGCGCUUUGCACUUUGGUUCUUUCGAGAUCAGCGGCGCUGCAACUGGGCGAGAGGUUGAAGGAGUUCAAACAUGGCAACAGGCAAAAUUAUCGGAGCUGUUGUUGCAUCCUUUGCAGUUGCAUAUGCAUGUGAUGUGCUGAUUGCUGAUAAAAAAAUUUUUGGAGGUACAACACCUAAAACUAUCUCGGACGAAUGGUGGGAAGCAACUGAUAAGAAGUUCCAGGCCUGGCCUCGUACUGCUGGACCACCAGUCGUGAUGAAUCCAAUUAGCCGGCAGAACUUUAUUGUAAAAUCAUCUGAAUCGUGAGGCGAGUGGAAGUAAUGCAAGUAUUACGUUCUACAAUGUUAUUGAACUUCAGGUAUCAAGUUUUUCCUUGUGGUUAUUUACUUUUUGGUGAUGUGUUGUCCCAAAAAAAGACUGGAUGUUUCCAUGGGUUGCUGGAGAUGCUGUUUAGUAUCAUUUUCUUGUGAACUGUAAUAACAUGUGUGGGAUUGCACUUUGGACCUUGUAUGCAAGAGUAUCUAGUAUUUACUGCUUAUUGUUUAUUGAUGUUUUA